AUUAAGAGUUUGAGUCAAAAGCCCUUCACUGAAAUGGCAGGGUAUGGUGGGAUUGAUGAUGGAUUCAGCUGAAACAUUAACUAGCAAAUGGGACGCCCGCAUAGAAUCACAAGGUGGCAUUAUGGCAGAGAUCAAAGCUGAAGAGGAUUUGAGGAGUCUUUCAGCUGAUGUAAUUUCAAAAGCUUGUUUUGGGAGCUCUUAUUUGAAAGGAAAACAGAUUUUCUCGAAACUUAGAGCACUUCAGAAAGUCAUUACUAACCAGUGCUUUCUUUUCGGUUUCCAUACAUUUGGGUUUCUUCCAAGUGUGCAACAAAAGGAAGUCAAUAAUUUGGAGAAAGAGAUAGAGACAUUGAUCUGGGAAGCAGUGAAUGCGAGAGAAAGGGAAUGCCUAGUAGAAAUAUCAUCUGAGAAGGAUCUACUGCAGUUAAUCUUAGAGGGAGCCAUAAAUGAUGUGGGCAAGGAUUCAUCGAAGAAAUUCAUAGUCGAUAAUUGCAAGAACAUCUAUUUCGCUGGACAUGAAUCCACCGCCGUUGCUGCAUCGUGGUGCUUAAUUCUUCUAGCUUUGUAUCCUGAAUGGCAAGCUCGUAUACGAGAAGAGAUUACUCAAGUCUGUGCUGAUGGCACGCAUAUGGAAGUGGAUUCACUACCAAAGCUGAAAGCGGUUACAAUGGUGAUUCAAGAAGUGCUGAGAUUGUAUCCACCAGCAGCAUUCGUGUCGAGGGAGGCACUACAAGAAACUCAAAUAGGCCACAUUGUUGUACCAAAAGGUGUAUGCCUAUGGACUUUGAUCCCAACACUGCAUAGGGAUCCCGAAAUUUGGGGGACAGAUGCAAAUGAGUUCAAUCCUCAAAGGUUCGCAAAUGGGAUUUUAAAAGCAUGCAAACUUCCACAAGUUUACAUUCCAUUUGGCAUAGGGCCUAGGCUUUGUUUGGGCAGAAAUUUUGCAAUGGUUCAGUUGAAGAUUGUCAUUUCACAGAUCAUUUCCAACUUCACCAUUUCUUUGUCUCCAAAAUAUAUGCAUUCUCCUGCCUAUAGAAUGAUUGUAGAGCCUGGUCAAGGUGUGAAUUUACUCAUUCAAAGAUGUACUGAUUAGAAUAAUCACAUUUCAUCAUUGGUAGAUGUAAAAUUGGACGAGAAAUGCUAUUCAUAUAUAUA